AUGGGUUCUAUUCCCGCAUACUCUUCAGCGCCUGGCGAGAGCGAGAGCGAGAUCCUCUUCGGAGUUCGCCAGCCGAAGACGGACGUAGAAUGGAGCAAGAUCGGCUUUACGCCUUUUCAAGUAAACGGCCACAUCGAAUGCACAUUUACAGUCAAGUCCGGCACUUGGAGCCAACCGCGCUGGGUACAGGAGCCUUACAUAAAAGUUCACGGCCUGUCCCCAGCGCUUAAUUACGGGCAGCAAGCCUUUGAGGGGCUACGCGUCUUUCGCAGCGAGUCAGGUAGCGUCCAGCUUUUCCGGCUAGCGAGCCAUGCGGCCCGGUUCGCGCGGUCUGCCGCUGCCGUUGACAUUCCGGCCGUCCCGGCCGACUUGUUUGCCAAAUCGGUGCGGUUGGCCGUUCAACUCAACAGCGAUUUUGUACCUCCGUUCGAGGGUGGGUGCUCCAUGUAUGUGCGUCCAGUCGUCUUUGCAAGCAGCCCGACUAUGAACAUGUACACGGCGGAGGAGUACACGUUCGCCGUCUUGGUCACGCCGGUCGGGCUGUUGUAUGGGGCAACGGGCCUCAAAGCGUUAGUUGUGGAGGGAUUCGACCGUACGGCGCCGAAAGGCACCGGCGCCUUCAAAGUCGGUGGGAAUUACGGGCCCACCAUUCCGAUAAUGGGACGGGCACGAAAGCAAGGUUACGGCUUGACGCUCCACCUAGACGCCGAGACGCAGUCCUUCAUCCACGAGUUCUCUGCUAGCGGCUUUAUUGGAAUCAAGGCAGAAUCUGCGGAGACUGGAGCUCCGCCUACGAUGGUCAUUCCCAAAGACGAGCAUAUCCUCCCAAGUAUCACAGUUGACAGCGUGGGACAAAUUGCCCAGGAACUUGGAUGGAAGGUUGAGAAGCGUCCCAUCCCGUUCACUGAUCUUGGCGACUUUUCUGAGGUCUACACCGUCGGCACCGCAUCAUCGCUGGUGCCCGUAAGCGCCAUUGAGCGCGAGUCGACUGGCGAGCGGUUCGCGUUUACCGUCGAUGCGCAGUCUCCGCAAUCCGCUUAUGCCAGGUUGACAGACAGGUUGCAAGGAAUCAAGCGGGGACUGUAUAAAGAGCCGUGGGGUUGGGUGGAAGAACUCGAUGGCGUAGCUUUGCGCAAUGACAUUGAGCGGAUCACCAACACUAGGUCAGUGAAGUCUCCGGAGUAA